CUCCAGUCUCGAGCCCCGCGCCACGCGCGCGCCCCGCGCCCGCAGCGCCAGAAGGCGUCACGCUCCUGAGGAUGCCCCGUGCCCGCCGCAGCGCUGCAGCGGCGCACCGCCCACUGCCCGCUGCCGCCACGAGGGACUCUGCCGACCGCACGAGCCUCCGCUCCCUGAUCGAGGCCAAGCCGUUCUCGCCGCGCACUGAGGCAUCGAGGAAGCCUGGCGUUGGACAGCUCGGCAAGGCCUUUCGUGCCGAGGCAGGCAGCCCUCGGGCUCCUGCCGGAUGCUCUCAGGCCCGGCAGCGCCAGUGCCAGCACCACGGCAUCUGGGUGUUCAUCACCACGCAGCGUGGGCGAUCACGAGGAGCCACAACUUUCAGGACCACCGAGUUCCCAGUGCCGCUGCGGGUGAAGAACACCUUCUUGGACCUCGACGUUCCCGAGGCAUCGCCCCUGGUGUGCAUCAGGAGUUCGAAGUCAGGAGAGGUUGUAUCACGGACAUGGUCGUGCCCAUAUUGGUGGGGUUUAUCGAGUAGAUUGGCAUUUUCGGAGCGCCCGACUUGCUCAUUGAUUUCUUCAAGGAAAACGACGCAGCCAAGGUUACGACUUCGCGGAGAUUUUGGAACCUGGGCGGACCUCCUGGACGAUGCGGCGCAGACGCCGCCGCCUCCGCCCGCGGGGUCCGCAGGCCAUGAGCUCGGAGACUGCAAGGAACGGAUGGAUGCCAGCCACGCCAGUAGCUGCCAGCCUGCCGCUCGCCCUGCCCAGUGGUGCCGAGGUUGUUCGCUGGCCGACGAGUGCCCCUUCUGCCACCUGUGCGAUUCGGGGGAGAAGCGGCGGAGGCAGAAGGAGAAGAAGGUCGCUUUCGCUCGACGCACUUGAAGGCAGACGGCGACGGCGGGGGCCAGGCGCGCGCGGGGCCCACGGUUGGGGUGCCCGGGUGGUGCGGACGUCUUGCGGCCACCGACGGUGCCGCCAGUCGAGCGGGGCUGACGUCUUGCCGCGGGCGCUGGCGGUCCGGUAUAUUGUGGCAUCUUGGAGGCGUCGGCAAGCACAGUUUCACCUGCUAAAGGUCGUCAUGGGGGAUCGCAGGAAUAAGAUUGGAAGCUUUCUGCACAGUCUCGUGCAGUGGGGUAUGAUUGGGGGAUGGCGUUUUCGCGAUAGAGGCGCAGCGGCGCCUAAGCCUUGAGGCGGAUGAUCAGUGAUCUCGGGAGGGAACACAUGAUCACAAUUGUCUUGCAUGGUAUUAUGCGGCCCACUGCAGUUGACCGGCACAUCUGUCCUUGCGCCUCACGGUGAGGCCCUCACCAUUGCCCUUGUCUCGUCGCACAACAUGUUGCUGAGCAUACGACCCUUGUUGCGGCACAUUAUGUCCCACUGUUUUGGAAUCCAAGCUGUUGACCAAGACCGCAAGCUUGUGCUCGUUCAUUCAUGCUACCUUUUUCGUCGCACAUGUAUGUCAUGUGUUCCAGAGGUUGCAUCAGCAUCUGAUUGCCGUCCCCAAACUGAGGCCCACGGCGAACCGGAUUCUUUAUUUCUGGGAAGCUUUUUGUUCCCAAUCAUUGUAUGGCAGGCGCGCUGGUCAACGUUGCGGUGCAGUGGCGCCGUGCCAUCUAUUGGAUCUUCCGUCUUCGAUUUGCAAAGGCCUCGAAGUGGCACUCACUCGGCGAGCUCCCUCUGAUCGAGAAAGGGAGUCCUCCUGCGUCAUCGCACCUGCUGUUGGAAAAUGUGUCGUGAGUGAUUUCUGUAAAAACGUUCUGCGAUUACGGACAAGUCAAGACCCGUCUAGUGUCGCGCGCCUUUCCCCUCCCCUCGGCCCCACUCCUCCCUCUCCGGUUGCCCCUCCCGCUGCUCACCGAUCUCCCUGGGCAUUCGCAGCGCGCGCGCGCCCAUUUGCCGAGAGGUCUCGCGAGCCACAGGAGCUCCACGCGACCGACUUCGUGGUCAGGCCGUGAUCACGAGCCGACGGCAUCUGUCGCCCCAGGGCGCGGGUGGAGCCACAUGCGUUCCCCUGUUUAUUGGGUCGGACGAAAGGGGAGAUCGGGAACGGCGGCAGACUAACUUUGCUGCAAGCAGUUGGUUUCUUCCCCGCCGCAGGACGUCUUCCCCUAUGUUUUGGCCUGGGCCUCGUUUACAGAAGGCCCCCACCAAAGCAACCAGCCAGUGCCGGGGGGAACAGCUCAUACAAGAACUCUCAAGAUUCUGUUUUUGCCCGAAGGCGUUGCCCGAACAUCUCAAGAGCACGUGCUUCUUAUUUCUUUGCCCAGAAGGGCUUUUUUUGUUUGUGUUUGUGGGAAGGAUGUGCAGCGCUCGUCGUCUUGAACAUGAUGCUAAACGCUGACUGGCACAUGCGGGAGCGAAGCAUGCUCUGUGGAGAGUUGUGGGUGUCUUUCAUUCGCCAUUGGUCGCGUCGGCCUUCUUUGUUCGUUCUUGACGAGCAGCCCACCCAGCAGCAGUGCCUGGGCGAAGUGUCUUGAUCAGGGAAGUGCUGGAUCUUUCAGAGGAACGAAGUGUGGGAAAACCUUCAAGCCGAAUUUUCGAUCAGCCUGGGCACGCCCAGGAGUGAAACACAUGUGCGUUCGCGG